UUGGACGGCUCCAGCACGCUGACGCUGCUCACCCCGACCCUGCAGCACCUCACGCAGGUCUUCGAGCAGCACCUGGGCUCCCGCAACCAGAACCGGGGCUUCGUGGCCCUGCCCUCACACCCUGCCGAGACCGCCGCCAUCCUCCAGGCACAGUUCCUCUUCGACGUCCUGCAGAAGACUCACUCCCUGAAGCUCGUUCAUGUUCCAAACUGUGUUUUGCAAUCUGCUGUGAAGAUCUUCCCUUUCAAGUCCCUCCGGCAUCUGGAGUUGAGGUCUGUCCCUCCACACUGCCUCCUGGGACUGCGAUUUGUCUAUUCUCAGCUGGAAUCUCUAACCUGUUGCAAAUGUAUCAGUACACUGGAGGAAAUCAUUUCAGCAUGUGGUGGAGAUCUGAGCUGUGCUCUCCCGUGGUUGGAAUUGCAGACUGUGAACUUCAGCUAUAACUCAAUCACUACAUUGGAUGACUCGCUGCAAUUAUUGAAUGCUCUGAGAGUCCUGGAUUUGAGUCACAACAAGAUCCAGGAUUGUGAGCAUUAUUUAACGACCCUUACAGAACUAGAGUACCUCAAUCUGGCUUACAACUUCCUGUCCAAGGUGCCAAACCUUGGCAUCUUCAGCCGAUCCAAGCUGGUGACUCUGAUCUUGCGCAACAAUGAGCUUGACAGCAUUAAUGGGGUUGAACAGCUAGUGAAUCUGCAGCACCUGGAUGUGGCCUAUAACCUGCUGCUGGAACAUGCCCAGUUGGCACCAUUGUCCACUCUGCACUGUGUAAAAAAAUUGUAUUUAGAGGGAAACCCGUUAUGGUUCCAUCAAAACCACCGAUCGGCAACCCUUGUACAUCUGUCUCCCAGGGCAGCCUCCUCCAAUUUCCUCUUGGACGGGGAGCCACUCUCUUCCUCGGACCUAAUGCACCUUCCAAGACUUGUGCAAAGUGUGUCUCAGUCCAUCCACACUUCUACCUCAGAGAAGACGGCACUGGACCGCAGUGCUCUGGACAGUUCCUGUGCUGCAGACUUCAGCGACAGUCAGUCCCCAGCAGAGAACAUGGCUGUCAGGCUCCCUCGGAAGAAAAGCAAGGGAAAAGUCAAAGUGCGCAGAGCAAGCAUUUCGGAGCCCAGUGACACAGAACAUGAGCCCCAGACUUUACCUCUUUCUGCUGGCCUGGUUCUACAGCAUCAGAAGGAGAUGAAGCGCUUGGACAGCUUCAGAGAUCGCUUUGGUGUUGACUGGCUGCAGUACAAGAGACACCUGGAGGAGCAUGACCAAGUACCUGUCAUCUGCCGUAGCCGUUCUGCGGAUGAGAUAGCAGGUAGAGCUGCUGCAAUGGACUUGCAGAGUGGGAGCUCUGACUCAGAGCGAGGAAGACCCCAAGUAUCCCAGAAAGAAUCCUCUCUUCCUCUGGAUGAUACUGAGAAGGAGGAAGAGCCUGAAGUACAGCUGGAUGAGCCUGAGGAGGGAGAACAGAGAGGAGAAGAGGAGGCAGAUGAGCUAAUGCUGGGGGAGGAAGAAGAGGAGAAGCCAGAAGUGGACCUCUGCCAGCCGGUACUGGUGAGCCAAAUAGAAGGUGAAGGGGACCCAGAGCCAGACUGGAUCUUCCUGCGAGUCACAGCUAAGCAUGUGAUUGAGGUGGAACUGAAGGCUGCCAGAGUCCUCCACAAGCUGGAGCUGAAAUGCCUGCAGAAGGUGGAGACCUCCAAGAUGAACUGGAAGAGGAUGGACAUGGAGCAAGUUUUCCCUGUCCUCACAUUGCAUUUCAGCUACAUUCGCAAGGACCGGCAGAAGCGCAAAUACGUGGUGCUCGAUGACUGCCCGGAGCAGUGUCUACAGUGUGUCCUUGAAGUGUUGACCCCAGCUGUUGAGGAGAAUCGGCAAAAUAAGGACCAGGAGAAGGGAUCCACAAAGCUCCAGUGCCUGAAAUGUAAGCAGGAGUUCUCACAGUCCCUGGCUCCCUGGCAGCAAGACCCCUAUCCUUCAGAGGUUGGAGAUGCCAAAAUCCUGGAAACCCUAGUUGCCUCAAAUCAAGGUGCUGCAGCAGCCGGUGAGCCCAUAGCCUGUCCCAGUUGUUCCAGUGACCAUGUGGUCAUUCUGCCCUCAGAGGUGUGCUUCAGCACACCUUUGCCAGCUGGCCCUGACAGCAUGAGUGAGGACCUGUCAGACUCUGUCCUGGAGGGAGGCAGCCAGCAAGAGGGCCCAGAGGAAGCACCUGCCCUGGCCAGUGAGAGUGGGAAGUUCUACAUCGGCGGGGAGGACAGCUCAGAGAUGGAUACCAGCAAUAGCACCAGGACCCCGGAGCUGAGUGGCGAGCAUGACGGCACUCUCCAUUCCAGCUCCCGCAGCUCAGAUGGGGGUUGCGGGAAGAAGGAGCUGAGCACAAAGAGCCAGUACUUGUCCCUCAGCCACACAGACAUCAAUGGGGGCAGCUUGAUGGGGAGCUACCGUUACAGUGGUUCUCGUGGGCCUACUCCUUCCCAGCUUUCUUUGAACUCCGAGUCUGAGGAAACGUGGAAUCUCAGUCCCUCUGUAAAUGGCAUCCUGAACACAAGGGACUUCCGUUCUGUGGAUCAUCGCCUGAAGCUGUACUUGGAUAUGGAGGUUUUUGAGGAGAAUGCUGAGGAGUUCCAGUGCUUCCUCAAGGUGGUCAUGGUGAAGUUUGGCCGACAAGGAGAGUUUCUCUCAAUCCUGGUUGCCUCUGAUCUCAAGAUUUAUGUGCUGGAAGUCACUGGUGUUAUCAGGGGACAACCUGCAGACUGGCUGAAGAAGAAUGACUCUCACUACCUGGCUGAUAUUUCCCAUCUGGAAGUGGGACUCUGCCACCAGAGUUUGCGAAUGGAGUUUGAGAACCCAAAAGCCUCCUACAAUCUGCUGAUCCGGAACCAAAGCUGCUGCGACCAGUUUCUGCAGACCCUGACAUAUCUCAUGCAAGAGCUGCCUGCUAAGCACAGGAGUAAGGUGAAGGAAAUCUCCACUGUGGAAAUGAAUCCACAACAUUGGCUAUGGCCUCUGCUGGACUCCAAGACCACAGAUUCUGCAGAUGACACUUGUUUCUUCUACCUGCUGGCCUACCUGAUCCAAGACUAUGCUGCCCAAAACUGGACACAGUUCCAACUGAGGCCUCAUUGCCAAAAAGACAGGACUAGGGCAUCUGCUUUCCCUGUGACCCUGCUGAGCACCCGAAGCAUGCUGUUUCUGCUGGAGGAGAAUCACCAGUGGCAGGUGCAUCCCUCCUUGGAUGAAGACCAUGAGGCAGAAACACCUCCUAGGAGCAAUGUCCAGUUGAAGGAGAAGCAGCCGAUCAGCAGUAUUAGCAAUGUCAUAACCUAUCGCCUCUGUCCUUGUGAUAUCAAGCUGAUGCUUUAUGAUGAGGUGCUGAAGGUGGAGAGCACUUGGCACAUCCGCACAGAGUGCCCUGAGCUCCUGGCAGAGCUGGUGGAGUGGAUCCGCGGGCCCUGGGAGGAGAUGUUCUCCAUUGAGCUACGCAAGGCUGUGUAUGAGGGAAUGGAGUGA